AUGGAGGAGAACAGCACAACAAACCUCAACCUGAACAACACCUUUUACGGAUCUCUGGAUUGGGAGGAAUUUAUCAGAUUGGAAUGCUCCAGCAUUCCCUACAGCCUGAUUGCCUUUGCAGGGGUGUGCCUGGGGAUUUCCCUGUGUGGGCUGGCAGGGAAUGGGAUGGUCUUGUGGUUCCUGGGCUUCCACACAAAGCAGAGCCCUUUCACUGUCUACAUCCUAAAUCUGGCUGUUGCUGACUUCUCCCUGCUCCUCCUGUUUCUCCUGCUUCUGUUGGCUUUUCUGUCCGUAGCAGCAUUUUGCACUUCUUUGCUUCCUUUUGUCCAUCACUAUCGGCAUUUUGUCAGCCUGGGGCUGCUGGCAGCCCUCAGCGUGGAGCGCUGCGUCUCCGUCCUCUGCCCCAUCUGGUACCGCUGCCACCGCCCCCGGCACCUCUCGGGCGUCGUCAGCGGGGCCCUCUGGGCCCUCGCCGGGGCUUUUGUUUCCUCCCUCUACCUCACCUGCACCUACACUGAGGGCUCUGAGACCGCCCUUGCAGGUGUAGCCCUCGCCAUUUCCGUGGUUUUUUCCCUCAUGAUGUUGGUUUCCAACCUGUUCCUGCUGCUCAAGCUGCGCUGCGGCUCCCGGAGGCGGCAGCCAGGGAAGCUCUUUGUGGCCAUCCUGCUCAACGUCCUGCUGUUCUUUGCCUUUGGCAUCCCUUUCUGCGUGGAGGUUUUCCUCAAUCUCCCUGAUUCUGGUGAUUUAUUCCCAGAAGACCCCUCUUUUUUGCUGGCAUUGCUGAACUGCACCCUCAACCCGGUGAUUUACGUGCUGGUGGGGAGCUGCCGGCGGCGCCGCUUCCAGCGCUCCGUCAGAGUCGCUCUGCGGAGGGUGUUUGAGGAGAAAGCCGGGAGUGACGAGGGGAGCCACGGCCCUGGGGACACUGUGGUGGAGGUGACAGCUCUGUGAGGCACUUCUGGGCAUGUGGCAUCCAGAGGUGUGGCACCUCAGAGGCAGCAAAUGUACUGGAGCACAUGGCUCUGAGCUCACUCCUGUUCCUGUAUUCCCCUUGGAAUGACUUUCAUUGUCUUGGCCCCCAGGAAUAAACUCUGAUGUACUGAUCUUUUUCAUUUUGUUACUACCCCUAAAUCAGAUUUGGGUUUUUUCCUUUUGUUUCUUUUCAAUGUGGUAACUCCUGCCAUAGAUUUUGUUAAAUAAACAAAAUCAGGGAUUUGCUGCUGAGCUUGUCCCUGGGAAACAGCGUCAGAAACUGGCUCAUUUCCUUAGUUUUUCCCAUUCUAAAGCCUCUGGAUUGUCUAUAAGGAGGGCAGGUACCUGUCUCACACCAGAGCUCUUCCUAAGUCUGGUGCCUGCAUUGUCUGGAAUGAGCCAUCUGUUGACAGUUCCAAGAGCUCCUCAUUCCUUCUAGGAAAAGUAGUUUGUCUCUGUGGCAGGCUCCUCUUGGCAGCCCUAAUCCUGAAAUCUUGUCUUUGAACAGGCUCAAAUCGCCACCUUGCCUUCCACAGGUGGACUUUUAGGAUUCUGCAGGACAAAUCUAUGAUUUCCAUUUCAAAUCUAAUUUUGCCACUUGUAUACCACAAUUUCAGUGGUACUGGACUUUCACCACACAGUUUCCAAGAGGAUUCAUGCAAUAAUCAAUUCUGUGCUUGAGAUGGAGUACAGGCACACAGCAGAGGGAUGAUUCAGGAUUUCAGCAAUGUCAUUUCUUCUGAGAAGAGGCAAAUCCAUGCUGCUCUCUUGGUUUUAAUCCUUAGAAAGUUGCAGGUUUCCUCUGAGUCAUCUUCCACACUCCCUUGGCAUUCAGACAGCAGCCUACAGUGAAUUCCAAAGAAUUCCUAGAAAGCGGAGGUGAGAUGAUUCCUACCCAGACUGACAGGUACCUUAGGGAUUUGGGAUGCUCCUCCUGGUAUCUUCUGGCCCUGGGACCAGAGCUGUAGCCACUCUUCCCUGCUGACACCACAUUUGUGUCCCCAGCUAUGGAAUCUCAUAGUUCCCAGCAGCCUGAUCCUUUCAAGGGCAAACACUCCAUGAUCCAGGAGAUAAUGAGGCUCCAGGAGAGGCAGAGACAGGACUUUGUACAUGGGCAUGGAGUGACAGGAUAAGGGGGAAUGGCUUCCCACUGACAGAGGGUGGGGUCAGAUUGGAUAUUGGGAAGAAAUCCUUCCCUGUGAGAAUGGUGAGCCCUUGGCACAGGUUGCCCUGAGUGAUGGGGUCAGGUAAAAACAAACACAAGAGCUCCCAUGUCUGAGGGGGAGGAGGAUGAGCUCUAAUGAAGGGCUGGAAAGAGGAUCACAGCACCCCAAAAUCUGGUCCCUAAUCACUUUCAUUGCAUCAUCAAGGGGAUUGGCAGUAAUUAGGGUGGGUUCUAAGUGCUGAUGACCUGGCUGCAAGCAACUGAGUGCUGUCCUUCCCUUGGGCUAUAUAAGCCUGUGGUAGGAUGACAAAAAUGUGAAUUCUUGUCUCAUUUGUGGUGCUUUGGGCCCAGGUUUUGUCAAAGAUGUCAGAACUCUUUCCAGAACAGGAGCUCUUUCUGAGAAGCACUCAGAUGCCUCAACAGCACUGCCAGCAUUGCCAGCACUCCAGUGCAACCAGUGCCACCUGCAUCCCUCUGCUGCUGGAGGGCCACUGAUCCCUCAGGGAAGAGAAACAAGGAGUUGUAGAAACCUUUUGGGAGAGGGAAAGCAGUCGGAGAAUGGGACAUUCUGCAGGGAAGGAAUGUUUCUAAUCAAAAGGAAAUGAGGAGCCAUUUGCAAAAUAUUUCAUUUGGAGCCUUUGACAAAGCCAAUUCCUUUGUGACAAAGAAAAAAAAAACCAAGACAAAUACCUCUGAGGGAGUGGAGCUCUGACGUACCCAAAGUUGCAAACAACUUCCAUCUGCCCUAUGACCCCACCAAGCCUUGCAGGCAGCACUGGGAUAGGGAACAGAGAUCAGCUGGCAAGAUGGGAGUGGGGAGCUCCUGGUGAUCUGGGCACUUUCUCCUUCAUGUCACUGACCUGGCAGGAGCCGCUUUAGGACACGGAUCCCAAAGCAGCAAGAGGUACCAGGAAGCGCCGCUGAUCUGCACAGACCCCUUUGCCUGCUGCUGCCCCACAGGGAACAGGGAGCUGCUGAGGAGCCACAUGGUCCUUUCCUGGAUUCUCCAAGCACUGAAUCCCCAUCCACUCUGACCACAGUCGGAGACCACAUCCCACUGCCUGCUCAGCGUCUAUCUUCAGUAGAUUCUCAUUUUACACCAAGUUUUAUGUUGGAAUGUAUACAGGAGAAAAAUACAGCAUGCAGUUAGACAUUAGUUAAUAUUAAUAGGUAGCUUGUCAUGAUAAACAAAAUUUUCAGGUCACCUGUAGUCAUGGAAGUUAAAAAUCAAUUGUGGAUACAUGGCUGCACGUACACUGAAGAGUGACUGAAGAAAAUGAUAGUUGCUUUUUAUAUUGCUUCCUGCCUUUUUUCCUCAUUGAAGAGAAAAAACAAAAGGUUGUUGUGGGCCUUAAGAAGAAGAAGAACAUUUUGCUUUAAAAUUGAAUAGUACAGUUUCACAUUUUCCUGUCAUUUUAGGUUUUUAUUACUAUACAGUUUUUCAUCUCAUCUGAAUUACAAUCACUCAGCUGUUCAUUGAGGCUUUAUUUUGCUGCCAGCUUAUUGUAUAUAACCUCUGCCAUUUAUGUCAUCUUCAUAACUAAUAACAUAGAUUUGGAAACCCUCAGGAAAUUUAGGUAGACAAUGUCAGAGUAGACACUGUUGAAUAUUGUCCUGAAAC